AUGGCUCAUAACAAGACAGAUGGGACAAUGAUGAAGAAAAACCGGGGCUUGAUCAAGAAGCAGAUGGCAAAAGGAAUUGGAAAGGCCAAACGAGAGAUUGUGACAUGUGUGGUCAACAAUUUCCAAAGCCCUGUAUCCUCCGCCAAGAAAGUUUCUUCACCUGAAAAAGCACCCAGUGUUCCAGUCUUAGGAUUGCCCUGUGUUGACAGUUCCCUUAACAAGUUAAGUGUGGCUCAGGUGGCACUAUAUUUGAGGCAAAAUGCCUUUCAGUGGGCUUCUUCUACCUCUUCAAUGCGUUUACAUGGCGAUUUAUGGGACAAGAAGAGGACAGGAAGUGCAAUUUCUCUUUCUGCUUCUUCCUCUCUCCCACCUCAGAUACUUGUUGGGGAACUGGCUGCCUUCUUCUUCCAACCCACGAGGCAUAAGGAGAAAACCAUCAUCUCGGGCGAGUGCUGUUAUUUCAAUCCCCUUUUGCGCCGCAUGAUCCGCUUCCUGGGUGUUUAUUCCUUCGGCCUCUUCACUACCACCAUCUUUGCCAAUGCAGGCCAAGUGGUGACCGGCAACCAGACGCCACAUUUCCUGUCCGUGUGCCAACCAAACUACACUGUGCUGGGCUGCCAACCACCCCCGGGCACCAUUUACGUCACAGACAAAUCAGCCUGCACUGGGAAUCCUCUGCUGGUCACUGCCGCCUGCAAGGCCUUCCCCUCCAAGGAUGCUGCCCUCAGCGCCUACGCGGUGGCGUACACUGUGGUAUGAAGUGGCUGCUGGGUGACAGGACAGGCAGAAAGACGGAGGGUGGAGGGGGGCAGUUUUGAGGUCUUUCCAGUAUUUUGCCACCCAGUUCCCUUCCCAUGCCCUGCCUGAACCCCCAUUUGUAUCAGUUGGAGUGGGUAGAGGCCAGAGUUGACAAUAUACACAGGGGCAGGACUGGUUAAGGUUUGGUAAAUUCCUCUGAGGAAUCUGAAAUGCCCUCUGGUGGGCACAGCGUGAAAGAAACAUUCAUGGGAUCUUUUCUCCAGAACAGGAGAUUGGGGAGAACUAUUUUUUGCGACCAAGCACUGCCUACUGUGAGCAAAACUUAUCCCAGCAAGGAAAAAGGAUCAGCUUUGAUUUUACAGAGUCCUACAGGAUUGGGCGGCAUAUAAAUUUAUUAAAUUACUAAA